GAAUAAAGGGAGGGUUCCUUCGCCUAAUCCCGGAAAGGAAGGAGGGCUGCGAAGGGGAAUCGCCACUGCCUGCUCCGCGGAGUCCUGGUGCCUGCCUCUCGCGCUUCCAGCUCGGCUCCUUCUUGUGAUGGUUGCGAGGGUCUGGGCAGGGGCUUUCGGCAGGGGUCCCGGCUGCGCUGCGGGGCCGGAGCCGUGAGACAUUAAUGAGUCUCCACGGUCUCUCUGCAGACUGACCUUGGUUCAAACCAGAGAAGCCAGAUAGAUUCUCCAGCUCCUGAAGGAUGCGAAUAACUUAGCGCUUCGUGUUCUGCUACCCACCUGGGCACAGCUGUCUCCUGGAGGAACAGCCCGAGGGACUGAUCUGUUGUACAUCACGUUACUUUACACCAAGCUUGCAAGACUGUUCUGCAGCCUCUCUUCGUGCAAGGAGUGUCAAAACAGCAUCUUUUGUUUCUGUUGUGAGCUGAUACCAAUUGUUCAUUUAAAAGUGACGGUCUGAAAGAGGGAGGGCACUGUAGUAUAAGUAGUCACACAGUGACAUUUAAUGUAAUAGCUGGUGGUGCCAGGGGUACCUAACCGGGGCUUGUUGCUGCAGUGCACAGGUGACAUAUCUGACCAGGCUCUCUCUUUCUGCAGUGUAGAGUGAGCCCUGUGGAGACGCGCUAGAGGGACCACCCCCCAUUUCGCAUCUCGCUGAGUGGACUAUGGUGGCAGGAAGAUGUUGGCUCGGAAGAGUAUCAUCCCUGAAGAGUAUGUGUUGGCACGGAUCGCUGCCGAGAACCUGCGCAAGCCGCGCAUCCGCGACCGGCCGCGCAAAGCCCGCUUCAUCGCCAAGAACGGGGCGUGCAACCUGGCGCACAAGAACAUCCGCGAGCAGGGGCGAUUCCUGCAAGACAUUUUCACCACCUUGGUGGAUCUGAAGUGGCGUCACACGCUGGUCAUCUUUACUAUGUCCUUCCUGUGCAGCUGGCUGCUCUUUGCCAUGAUGUGGUGGCUGGUGGCUUUUGCCCACGGUGACAUGGACCCAAGCACAGAAAGCGCUACGAACAGCACGAAGUGGACACCUUGUGUGACGUGUGUCAGGUCUUUCACCUCCGCUUUCCUCUUCUCCAUUGAAGUUCAGGUGACCAUUGGUUUUGGUGGCAGGAUGAUGACAGAGGAAUGUCCCUUGGCCAUCACGGUCUUGAUCCUGCAGAACAUUGUGGGUCUGAUCAUCAACGCUGUCAUGCUGGGCUGCAUAUUCAUGAAAACUGCACAAGCUCACAGGCGGGCUGAGACUUUGAUUUUCAGCCGGCAGGCGGUCAUUGCAGUUCGAAAUGGCAAACUUUGCUUCAUGUUUCGAGUGGGAGACCUGAGAAAGAGCAUGAUCAUUAGUGCCUCAGUGAGAAUCCAGGUAGUGAGGAAGACUACGACCCCUGAAGGAGAAGUCAUACCCAUUCACCAAGUAGAUAUCCCUGUGGAUAACCCCAUUGAAAGCAACAAUAUUUUCCUGGUGGCUCCCUUAAUCAUUUGUCACAUCAUAGACAAACGGAGUCCUCUGUACGAUAUCUCUGCAGCUGACCUUGCACUCCAGGACCUGGAGCUCAUCGUGAUACUUGAAGGAGUUGUAGAAGCAACUGGCAUCACGACGCAGGCGAGAACCUCCUACAUAGCAGAGGAGAUCCUGUGGGGUCACCGCUUUGUGCCCAUCGUCACCGAAGAGGAAGGCGUGUACUCAGUUGACUAUUCCAAGUUUGGCAACACUGUCAAAGUGGCAGCGCCGCGUUGCAGCGCUCGGGAGCUGGACGAGAAGCCAUCCAUUCUUAUCCAGACCCUGCAGAAGAGCGAGCUGUCCCACCAAAACUCCCUGAGAAAACGCAACUCCAUGAGGAGAAACAACUCCAUUCGGAGGAGCAACUCCAUGCGGAGAACCAAUCCCUCCCUCAUUGUACCCAAAGUGCAGUUUAUCACACCUGAGGGAAGCCAGAGUGCCUCAGAAACGUGAUAGACAGAUUGGUGUGAGGUCAGUGGGCUUUGGAAGGAAGAGGCACCUGUUGUGUGUUGUUUAUUUUGUCUUUUACUUAAGAAAAUGAGAACACGAUGCAGAAAAGAACCAUGCAAGAACUAUUUAUUCUUACUUACUGAAAGCACCACCUGAUGACAUUAGGCAACACUUAAACACUUAGUGUAUGAAUUAGUAAAAAAUGGCACGUACACUAAAGAAAACACAGAUCACUCAUGUAACAUAAUGUGUAUUUAUACUUGUUUUAAUGGCACUCUUGUUUUUUAAUCCUAUUUUUCCUAUCAAGAGUCACUUUCAUAUCUUCCGCUGCUGGCUGUCACAAAAUGGUUUUUUUUCAUAUAUAAUGGGUUUCCAACCUGCAGGCAAAAGUGAGUGUGUUUUCAAAACUGCUUCAUUCAACAGCUCCCACAGAUUUUGUGCAGGGUAUUUGAUUAUCAGUCUUUUGGGGGUAAAUUCCUUGUUCUCUUGAAAGAAGCAGCUAAAUUAAUGGAAUCAUAGAAUCUUAGAAUGGUUUGGAUUGGAAGGGACCUUAAAGAUCAUCUAGUUCCAAACACCCUGCAAGGGCACCUCCCACUAGACCAGGUUGCUCAAAGCCCCAUCCAACCUGGCCAUGUGGAAAGACCAGUGAAAUCAUUCCUCAAUGAUUUCUCUUCAGUGAUUUCACUGGAGAAGAGCCAGUAUUUUACCUUCAGUUUUCCAGACCUUUUCUUUCCAUUGAUUUAUGGCAAAGGCAUUUAGAGAGCAAAUUCAGGUCCUCCAAAGUGACCUGACAAUCCCACAGGAAAACUGGUGCCAGGCAGCACCAGCAGAAAAAACAGUGAAAAAAUGGCACGGCCUCUUGCAGAGCACUUCUGUUCUUCUCAGGGUGAGAUACUCCACUGCAGGACACCAGGCACCUGUAACUUCACUGUAGCCCAAGCUGAGAAACUCAAGUCCUCCUGGCUGCCAUCUGAGCAUCCAUUUCACUGAAAUUGUUCAAGCUGAAAAAGGCAAUUGCCUCUUCAACAUCCUCUUUAUAUCAGUGGAAGACUAAAUCCUGUCUUGUUUUCUCUUAUAGAUUCACACACUGAAAGGCAACAAGUGUACUUCCUUCACUUACAGUAUUUUUUGUAGGAUCAAGUCUGUUUGCUUCAGCAGAAGGUUACUUUUUGCCAGUGGGAAUUAAUGAAUGGGAAUGAGAGGGAAUCAUGCCAAUAAUAUUAAAUACAGUAUUUUCAAAACUAUGUGAAUAAUUUUCAGGGGGACUUGGGUGCUGCUAGUGAAUUACUAUUUUUCAGCAGUGUCUCACCUGUUUUUUUCUAGAGUAUGGCAUUGAGAAUUGGUGGCAAGCAGCUUUUCUCUUCAAAUUAAAAUGGCCAUUUGAUAUCUAGAGCUUUCCUAAAAAUGACAUAAAAAGUUUUUCUAUAAGAAUAAAUAAAUGUAUAGCAAUGAAUUGUAUCACAUUUGGUAAUGCUAAAUUGAUGCAUACUUUUUUCCUCUAUGAAUAAGAAAUAUGAUUCUAGACAAUUUCCUGUUUACAUUUCUUACAAAAGUUGUCUUGCUGUGUCUGUGGCUCAAAAGAAGCACUAUCCUUGUACUGACUCUCCAAGCCACUCAACCACUUCAAUGUUUUGUAAUUUAAAAUAAUUUUCUUACUCUUUCAAGGUAUAAUAGUCAAAAGCAAUGCUGAAUUCUCAUGGUGUUUGAAAGUCAGUUUAUCAUAACUUGUAUGGAUGAUUUGCAGGCUUCCUGUGGUGUUGGGUGGUGGCACAGAGGGGCAUUGCUCUGUAGUGUAGGCUCCCUACAUUUGGAGCAGGUGCUCUCCAGAACUUAAUCACUGACAAAAUACUUCAUCUGAAGCAAGAGCGGAAACUGAAGUUUCUGCUGAAAGCUUUUGUUCCCUGGCCUACCCAUUAAUGUUCUGGGAGGAUGGAUGGUGAACAUCUGGAUAUAUUAAUCUGUCCAUUGUGUGUCCAAACAAUGAACAUCUAUAGCUACCAAGAAGAGUCAAAGUGAAGCAUACACAUUUUUUCUCUGGCCUCUGUUUCCAGGGCUGUGAAUUUGAGGUUGUUUGAUACGUGGUCAAGGCAGGUGCUUUACAAAAGCAAAUUUUCUACAAAAUAAAAAAGUGAUAAUAAUUA